AUGGCUCUCAAAGAGGGACUCAGGGCCUGGAAGAGAAUCUUCUGGCGGCUGAUCCUACUUGCAGUUGGCUUCUCAGGGAUGAUCCUGUAUGGGUUCCCUGCAGUCAGGCAUCUGGAAACCUUCAUCCCCAUGGGCACCUGCCCUUUGGCCAGAAUGCCCCUGAUAAGAGACAACUUCACGGGUGUCCUGCAUCUCUGGGCCCGGCCUGAAGUCCUGACCUGUACCUCCUGGGGGGCCCCCAUUAUUUGGGAUGGCACUUUCGAUCCAGAUGUGGCCCAGCAAGAGGCUAUACAGCAGAACCUCACCAUUGGGCUGACUGUCUUUGCUGUAGGCAGAGGAUCUCAAGCUGAUGCAGAAGGCAAAGACAGGGACCGCGAGCGCGGCCUCGAGGCGCGCUGGCACGACGAGAGCCACCUCAACAAGUACUUCUGGCUGCACAAGCCCGCCAAGGUGCUGUCGCCGGAGUUCUGCUGGUCCCCGGAAAUAGGCCGGCGAGCCGAGAUCCGCCACCCGCGGCUGCUCUGGGCGCCCAAGGAGUACGCCGUGGUGCGGAACUAG